AUGCUGACGACGCUGUAUGUUGUGCGGCAUGCGCACCGCAUGAAUCACAAUAUGUUCGGAUUGGCGUCGGACGUUGCACGCGAUCCUCCGCUUACGGCGCGUGGCGAGGAACAGCUAGAGCACUUGGCCCACUUCGUUGCUGCUAUGCCCGCCAAUGAGCAGCCGCAGCUCCUCGUGUGCUCGCCCUACACUCGGUGCCUGCGGACGGCGAUGCCGAUUGCUGACGCACUGCCAAAUAUCGCGCUCGUAGUUGAGCCUGGUCUGGCUGAGUGGUUUGCACCUGUCUGGCCCGCUUCCACCGGACGGCAUCCGAGUCCUAGGGCGCCCGAGCAUGUGGUGCGCCUAUUUCCACGCGUUGACACGCGUUGGACGCCCUUACUGUAUCCUGAUCCGAUGGGUGAGAGCCAAGAGCAUCUUCAUUUACGUAUGAGAGAGGUCAUGCACCGCAUCGAAAAGCGCUGCCAAUCUUGGAAUGUCGAGCGCGUCAUGUUCGUGACACAUGCGGCGCCAGCCAUUGCCUUAGGGCGCAUGCUCCAAACGAGAAGCUCGUACGAGGAUGUCGCACAUUUGGAAGUACGUGCGGCGACCGCGAGUGUGAGCAAGUACGUACGCUCCGGAGAUAUUUGGCGGCCGAUAUACCACGGACACACAUCGUUCCUACCGCAUGGCGAGGAGCGUCCAUGGGACUUUUCCUUCGUGCCUAGCAACAACACGGAGCCUGGCAUGGGUGCAGAUUGGCGCGAUCCGUAUGCACCUGAUGAUUCGUCCCUCCAGUUCCGAGCCAAUCUGUAA